AUGACCGGUAGACGCUCUUCCGCUCGCAUCGCUGCGCAAACCCAGAGCUCCCAGAGCUCGCAAAAUUCUUCCCCGGCGCACCCAAAGCCGUCGCCGGCUGGCAAGAAGCGUAAGAAUGAGACGUCGGGCUCUUCACCAAGCGCGAAGCGAGGCAAGAAGGACGCGCAGCUAGAGCAGAAGACCUUGGAGGAGUCCCUGCAACAGAAUGGAGCUCACGAGGAACCUGCCCCUGACAAGGCUGAUCAAGAAAUGGCCGAGCCAGAGCCAGAGCCAGAAAAACCCGAAGAACCAAAGGCUGAGGAGCCUAGUGGUGAAGCCGCUGAGGCGAAAGCGCAGGAUGAGCAACCCAAAGAGGAGGACAGCACUGAGCAGGAGAAGCACACUGAGGCUGAAGAUGCCAAACCUGAAGUCUCAGAGCCCAAAGAGGCAGAGCCCAAGGAGGAAGCCAAACCCGCCGAGACAAAUGGCGACGCUGUUGAGCCCGGCGCGCGCGAAGACGAUGUGCCCUCCAGCAUCCUUGAAAAGGGCAUCAUCUACUUUUUCUUCCGCGCCCGGGUCAACGUCGAUCAUGCCGAGGACAUUAAAGAUGUUGCGCGUUCUUACAUGGUCAUGCGACCUAUUCCUCUCGACGCGAAACUCGGGGAUGGCCCCAUCGGUGACGAAGGAAACUGUCGUCUUCUGGCUGUCCCUAAGAAGGUACUUCCCAAAAGCGGCAAGGACCGAUUCGUUACCUUCGUCGAGAAAUGCAAGACUAGUUUUGCGGAGCUCAAAGAGUCCUUCAUGGCCGGUUCAGAGUACGAGACCAAGACUGCUGGCACGAGGCACAUACCCCCAGUCACUCCCCUUGCCGAGGGAGUCUAUGCAAUCACUUCUACGGGGCGCGAGUCGCAUCUGGCCUACAUCGUCAAUAUCCCUUCCGAGAUUGGUGAAAUACAGAAGGAUUUUGGCCUCAAACAGCGUGGAAGUUUCGUGACCAGCAUCAAGAACCCUGAGCAACCUCCUCUGGGCAACCAGAAUGUGCCGCAGGGACCCAAGUACCCCCAGGAGAUCAUCGACGAAUUCCGAGGUCUUCGGUGGAAGCCCCUAGAACCAAAGUACUUGGACUAUGACAAUGCACAAUUUCUGAUGAUUGGAGAGGAUUAUGAAAAGGCUACCGAACAACGCCCCAAGGAUGAACGCGAGAACAAUGCUGCGCCUGAAGAGGAAAUGGAGAAACUGGAGGGUGAGGAUGAGAUCCGGAUUAAACAUUUGAAAGGCGAUGAUGCUGUCUUUACGGAUCUUGGUAUCACGUCGAAGGAAUUCCCCAAAGUGUCAACCACUUGGUAA